AUGGCUAACUCAGUACGACAAAACCGUCGCUUACCUGAACAGACUGAGGCCUGGAUUCUCGGAAGUGGAACUGCAUCUCUGGCAUCAGCAGUUUAUCUGAUAAAGCUUGCCCGUUUACGUCCUUCUGCUGUGCACAUCCUAGAUGAGCACUUGUCCCUGCAGCAAGCAUUACAUCAACAAGGUAAUGGGCAUGCCGGAUACGACCAGUUUGCAGGGUGCCUCCCUGUUCCUGUUGGACUGGAAUUGAGGGAGAUUCUCGAUAUGAUUCCAUCUGCAGUGGCGGACGGCUACUCCUAUCUCCAUUAUAUUCAAGAAGAGGAGAAGAAGCUCGCCAUUACUUCAAAUGGGGGCACUUGUUUUGUCGCUCAAAAUGAGGAAGGUUUCGAGAGUCUGCCCACAAAGUCGCUAAACAUAGGGUGGAGCGACAGACUACAUUUAGUGCGUCUUCUUCUGAAAUGUGAGAAAGGCCUGGAAAAGAAGGAGAUCAGGAAUUUCUUUGGGGACAGCUUCUUUGCAAGUACGUUUUGGACAAUCUGGUCAACACAAUUCGGAUUUCAACCUUGGCACAGUGCCAUAGAAUUCAGGCGAGCUGUCAGGCAGUAUUUGUCUAGCUUCCACAGCUUAGGCAUUUUGACCUGUCUGGAUCUCACGGGCCGUUAUCAGUACGAGGCAGUAUAUCUUCCGAUAUUUUUCUUCCUCCAGAGUCUGGGCGUUGAUAUUCAAUUCGGCGUCAAAAUUCGUAAUAUCGAAACUACCGUCCAUCAAAACCGGCAUAUGAUCAGUCGAAUAGCUAUUACUCAGCACGGCCUUGACUUCAAACAUUUUCUAGGACCUAGCGAUAUUGUAAUCGCUACACCAGGCUCGACUGUGUCAGGUUCUUCAACUGGAACAAAUGAUAUGCCACCAGCUUGGAGUUCAAUCGAAGCAAGAGACCAACUCGACGCAAACUGGGCACUGUGGCUGGAAGCUGGCAAUAACUAUCCCGACCAUGGCAAUCCUUACACUUUCUGCACACGCAAAUCGGAAUCGAUGUUGGAAUCCUUUACUAUCACAACGGAACACAUUGAAUUCGUCGACUACCUUGAAUCUCUAUCGCAAUGCGCACCUCAGGCCGGUACAAUGAUUCUUAUGAAGAGGAGUCACUGGGGCAUAAGGCUUUGUGUCCCUGUCCAGCCCGUGUUUGCUCAACAAUCGCAAGAUGUCCGUGUCCUCUGGGGCUUUGCACUCUUUCCCGAGAAUGAAGGUGAACAUGUCAGAAAGAAUAUGCUGCUAUGUUCCGGUGCAGAAAUAAUGUCCGAGAUCUUAUAUCAUCUUGAUCUCCCUGACGGAAUGAGUGCGGAAGUCAUGCAGCAGUCUAUUACCAUACCACGUGCGAUGCCGAGAAUGAGCUCGACAUUAUUGACCAGAUCCCUUCGAGAUCGCCCUUGCGUUACCCCAAAGUCGGUGACAAAUCUCGGUCUGGUUGGGCCUUUUGUCGAGACUCCAUGGCGGAGUUGUGUGGACACAAGCUAUGGUGUUUAUGUAGCACGGGAAGCUGUAUCGUGUCUUAUGGGCCUUCAAAACCAGCCCGAGGAGAAGUCGUGUCCGUCAGCCUCGAGGGUUUUGAUUACUCUGUUAUUGAAGUGA